CAUCAAUGGCAUUAGCGGAAUCUAAACCAAACCUCAGCCAUCUACAGGUGUCUGAGCUAGUGAAGAGGCUCUUUGACUUGACGCCGUCCCAGAUUCACCCGCUGCCCAGCUACGAUGACCAGAACUUCCACUUGGUGGUCAGUGAGGACAACGAGUACGUCCUGAAGGUAAUGAACUCUGAGGACAGUCAGAACCCCACUCUGCUGGAGCUGCAGACUCAUGCAAUGACCUUCCUGCACGAGAGGGGGCUUCCUGCCCAGACUGUCCUCCCCGCCACCUCAGGACAAGUCAUGAGCCUGGAGGACAUCGCAUGAGAAGAGGAUGGCUGCAUCAAAGCUCCCAAACUAAAGUUUGACUUUGAGUCCAGUUCUGGAUAUGUUGGAUCUAGGUGACUGCCCAGACAAGGCAACAUUGCAGUUAUCCCUCAAAAUGGGAAAGAUGCUGUCCUGAGUGAAUGUGAUAGCGAUGGGUCAGAUAUGGACUAUGGACAGGCCAUUUGCCAGCCAGGCUGUUGAAUGCAUAUGCUGAACCUAUGCAAACAGAUCAUGACAGGAACAACGUUAUCAGUGAUGAUGACCUACCCCCCUCCAUUGUUGGUAAUGAAGAGCCAAGGGCCUCUACCCGCCAGAGGGUUCAGCCAGAAGAGCCAAGGGCCUCUACCCGCCAGAGGGUUCAGCCAGAAGAGCCAAGGGCCUCUACCCGCCAUAGGGUCCAGUCAGAAGAGCCAAGGGCCUCUACAAGCCAUAGGUGUCAGCCAGAAGAGCCAAGGGAAAAGCUGCAGGUGGUCAAAAAUAAAGAUUGAGCGUUCAAACGAUCGAAGAGGCCUGCCACUGAUGUGAUUCCAAAACACAUAGUACACAGCCCAAAUGUGCAAACAUUUGGCACGAAACCACUGAGCCAUGGAAGGAGAUCUUUACUGGCUGCUACUGUUGAAGAUCAGGCAUGAUAUGACAAAGCUUCUCACUGGCCAAUCAGCACGAUGCACUGGUUCCAGAGAAGUCGUCAUUGUGACAAACGUACUACCUAUGUGUGUGACUGCACAUUGAGUGCUUCAAGAUAUACCAUGGGCAGUAGAAAAGGAGAUGAGACCGAAUGGGGAAAAAUAGAAAAGUUGAUAAAGGACUGCGGCUUUGGCAUGCAGAAGUACCUGGUGAGACUGCUGACCUAUUUACCGGGGACCACCAUCGCCAAAGUACCCUGCUCUCCACAGAUCCUGUAUGAAGCUGGCAAAAUGGCCGCCAAGAUGGACACAGUCCUGCAGGAAAUGGAGCAUCCUCAACUCCAUGUACUACAGAGGGAGAAGUUCAUCUGGAGUCUGUCCAACAUCCCUCUGCUGGAGCCGUACCUCCAUCUAAUGGACGGAGAUCCUGUACAGCAGGUGGUCAAGUCAGUCAUCCAACUAUACAAGACUUGUGUUCAGCCCAAACUCGGCUCCUUCCGCAAGUGCAUCAACCAUGGUGACUUCAAUGACCACAACAUCUUGGUGCAACCAGACGAUUCAACCGCCUACAAAAUCUCUGGCAUCCUGGACUUUGGGGACAUGAGCAGCGGCUACUACGUGUUCGAGCUGGCCAUCACCAUCAUGUACAUGAUGAUCGAGAACCCCACACCUCUGGAUGUGGCAAGAGACGUGCUAGCCGGCUGGGAGAGUGUUAUUCCCCUCAACGAAGCCGAGAGGGACGCACUCUACCUGCUGGUGCUCUGUCGCUUCUGCCAGUCCCUGGUUGUUGCCCGCCACACUGUGGUGCAGCACCCGGAGAACAAAGAUUACCUCAUGAUCACCACCAAGACGGGCACCCGCCAUCUUUGCCGACUUUGGGAACUGGGCAAGGAGGUGGUGGAGAGGAGGUGGUUUCAGAAUGCCGCCCAGUAUCCUGGCAAAGAGUGGCCCAAUGGUCCUCAAGCCCAAGAGGUUUAAGGGAAGCAGUCUCUCUUGAAGGAUAUUUCAGGGACCACUUUCUUUUCAUAGGCUGUGUCCCGAUUUAUUUUCCCUUCAGCCAGUGCUUUCACCAAUCCAAUGAUUUUGAAUCCAUGCGGAGUCUGCAGGUGCACCUUUUUAAGUAUUAAAAGGUACACUCAGCAAUAUGAAAUCAUUAAAAAGUGUGGCGUGCCUCAAGCUAAUAGUUGGUUGUCAUCCUGUUCUGCAUGAUAAUUUCAUAUUGCUGAGUCUAACCUUUUAGCAGACCGACCAUCUGAUAAAAGGUAAACUCAUUUAAACUUAUUAACAUAAUUCCAUCAGUCUGGCAGUGUGACCUGAGGAAAAUCUGACCCAAAUCCUGUUCUAAAACGGUUUUGAAUCUUGGUCAGUCUCAGAUUUGGCCCCCCCCCCCCCCCCCCCCCCCCCCCCCCCUCCCCCCGCACGGAAUUUGUGCUCUUUUCAAAACGGCAUGUUGACAUUGUCAUACUGUGGAUAAUGUCUGUUGGGAUGAAGGCCAUAUGAUUAUUCAAAUGAGUAGGUCGGAUGAUUUGAGGUGCUUAGUUACUCUGAAUCAGCUGUAGCAGUGUCCACAAUCCACACUAUGUCCUGUGUCAAUUUUCAUCAUUCCAUUUUUAGGGCUCACUUCAAUUAGUGUAACUCACUUUACAAAAUAAGCAAUUCAGCAGCUAUGACUUACAUUUAACUGAAGUGCCCUGUGUAAAGGAGUCAUUGAUGUACCAUGAUCGUUUGUUAAAAUCAUAUUUUGUAAGAUUCAUCUAAUUCCGUUGCAUAAUAAACCUACAAAUCUGUGAAAUUAAGAAACUUUCAAAGUA